AUGAAUGUUUCGAUUGAUAUCGGAGGUCCAGCAACUCCACAAAUAACCUCAACUUUAGUUCCCGUAGAAGGUUCAAACGCAGACAAUGGAGACGCUGAAUCCAUCCAAUGUGCAACAAACGCUGACGAUACUGCACCUCCACCAGGUGAUAAAUGGACAGUUCAAGGAAAAAUAAAUCAAGUAUUUUACAGUGCAAAUCUUGAUCAAACUUUACAAACACCAGGACCUCAGGAUCGUGGCUAUUGCUAUUAUUUUGGAGGAAAUGGAGAACAAAUGGGUGGUCAAGUGGAUAGUGGCAUAUGCAACAUGUCACAGUUUAUUAAUUUGACAGCUUAUUCAAUGCAUAUCGAUGGGCAAUCGUUAUCUUUUACUUUGUCUGCAUAUCUGGGUGGUGUUGAUGCUCAAGAGGAUAAUGCACUUGUCAGUGUUGAUUUUAUGGAUAACGAUUAUAAUAUAAUAGAUAACCAGCAAAUUGGGCCAGUUUCUGCGUCUGAUAGGAAUUUUCAAACAUCACUGAUUUAUCGUGAAACAGUUGGUACAAUCAAAGUAUUAACACGUUAUAUAAAUGUAUAUUUAAUAUUGACACGAACAUCGGAUGUGACGAUAUAUGGAACAAACAAUGAUGGAAAUGCUGAUGCUCUUUCAUUUAUUAUCAAUCCCCCUGGUGAGUCUACUAGGGCAUGGUCUACUGGCGAUGUUCGGCAGGGUGAAAUAUUUUUUAGAUCCCCUCUUGUUCGGACUUUUGCACUUGGGUUCUAA